GGUUAUUAAGAAAACUCGUAAUCCGUACUUGAUUCUUAAAUUCUAUAAUGAUUUAUUUUUUGCCAAGAUAGCUGAAAAUUCUGACGACGUAGCUGCCGCAAAAAUAGAUAACGCAUUAAAAAGAAUUCCAGCAUAUAAGGUUGGCAUAGCUUAUUGUGAAUUAACGAGAAAGGGUUACUAUCUAGAUGUAUGGACUUAUAAUAGACUGAUAGAUAGUGUCUGCAAAUCCGAUGAUUUAGGUACCGCAUGGAAGAUAAUAGAAGAUAUGAUCCGCGUUGGUGUGCAUCCUGAUAUUGUUACUUUUAACAUCUUGUUAAACCGUCAAAUAUCGCGCAAAGAUUGGAGUCAAGCAGUUAGAAUUCUUGAUAUGAUUCACGAAGCUGGGUUACAUCCAUCGGAAAGCACUUUGAAUACUUUAACACGAAAUAAACUACUCGAAAAAUUAAAUACUAAAGAAGCACAUGAAUAUGCAACAACCGUAUUGAAAAGGAUGUCCCUUUUUAAUCGUUUGGAAUGGUUCUCAGUUCUUGGAAGUACUACAAAGCUAAUACAGAUUUAUCAAGAAAUAAUUACAAGUGGACAAAGGCAAAAUAGUGACAAAGUCAAGCAGCUCUACGAUGAAAUGUGCAAAUUAGGAACAGAGCCAACCUUGGCUUUGUACAACAUUUUGAUUGGAGGAUUUGUAAAAUUAGAGGACAUGGAUACACGUCAGCUCUUUGAAAUGCUUCUUGAAACAAAGGAUCAAAAACCUAAUCUUUAUAUCUUUAAUAGUUUGAUCUCCGGUUAUGCGAAUGUUGCCAAAGAUAUG